AAUAAACAUCACAUAACCAACCCAUAAAGAUACCCCUUACAAUGGCCAAGUCCACCAUCACGACAUUUGAGGGCCAUAGAAAUCUCAGGGUUCGUCUUGUCCUUGCAACUUUGGCUGGUACUCCUGUGAAAAUCACCAAAAUCAGAUCAGAUGACAUGAACCCAGGUUUGAAAGAUUAUGAAGUCUCUUUCCUUCGUUUACUUGAAGCAGUUACCAAUGGGUCUCAAAUUGAAAUUUCAUACACUGGUACAACCGUUAUCUAUAGACCUGGUAUAAUCAUCGGUGGGGAACACACACACAACUGUCCUCCAUCCAAGCCAGUUGGUUACUUUAUAGAGCCAAUGUUAUAUUUGGCUCCAUUUUCAAAGAGUAAAUUCUCUAUAGUUUUCAAAGGUCUUACCGCUUCUGACUCUGGUAAAGAUGCUGGAGUUGAAGCUAUAAAAUGGGGGUUACUCCCAAUAAUGGAAAAAUUCGGAGUUAGAGAAAUAUCGCUUCAUAUACUAAAGAGAGGUUCUCCACCUUUAGGAGGUGGUGAAGUUCAUUUGAUGUGUAACUCCCUUAUUGCGAACCCAUUAACUUUACAUUCCACCGAUACUCCAAAAUUCUCAGCCAUUCGUGGUGUUGCCUAUUGUACUCGUGUUUCUCCUUCCACCGUUAACAGAAUGAUUGAAGCCGCAAGAAAUGUAUUGAGACCAACUGGAGCUGAUGUUAACAUCACAGCUGAUGUAUGGAGAGGUGAUAACUCUGGUAAAUCACCAGGGUUCGGUGUAACUCUUGUUGCAGAACUGAAAAAGGGUUGGAGAGUGUUGGCUGAAGGAGUUGGAUCUGCUGGUUCUCUUCCAGAAGAUCUUGGUGAAACUGUUGCCCUUCAAUUAUUACAUGAAUUAUCAAACAGUUGUGUACUUGGACGUAACCAAAUCCUUUUAACCUUAUGUUACAUGGCCAUUGGUAAAGAAGAUAUAGGAAGACUUAAGCUCCACAAGUCACAAAUUGAUGAAAACUUUGUGUGGUACUUGAGAGAUAUUAAGGCCAUUUUUGGCACUGAAGUUUACUUAAAGGAUUGCGCAGACGAACCUAUUCCUGGCGAUGAGGAUUACAUGAUGGCAUCCGUCAAGGGUAUUGGUUUCACAAGUGCAUCCAAGAAAAUAGCAUAAUCAAGUACAUUAUAGAUCAAACAUUGUUCCUACACUUUUAACAAUUAAAUAUACGUAAUACAUUUUUAACAUUUAUAGAUAACUUAUUUGUUGUUAUUUCU